AAUUGUUAUAUCAAGUACGCACCAAUAGCAAGCUAGCUUCAAAUUUAAUUAUUUCAAAUGAUUUUUAACCGACCGAUAAAAAUGUAAUUAUCGAGGUCAAUACAUCGUCGAAUCGACCGGAAUACCUUGAACGUAUGUUCUAAAUUGUAAACAACUUUGUAUUCUUACGGUAAUUCGGUUGUUGAUAAGUUUUAACGUCCAUAUCAAGUUCAGAUUGGGUUGAAUUGUAUUUAGAGAAUGGAUCUACCAACAUUGGAUCUACUUUUAUUUGGAGCAACUGGUACAAGUGGAUUUUUCUGUAUCCCUUAUUUGUACAAAUUAACCAAAGAAAAUGGUAGAAAUUUAACUUGGGGUGUAUCUGGACGUUCAGAAAAUAAAUUAAGGGAAACUCUUAAAGAAACAGAAAAGCAAAUGGGUAUCGAUUUAUCCCAUAUUCCGAUUGUGAUAGCAGAUGUAUCAGAUCGAGAAUCGCUCAAAAAAAUGGCCGAAAGAACCAGAGUUCUGAUCAAUUGUUGCGGACCAUAUGCAAAAUACGGUUAUCCCGUCGUAGAGGCUUGUAUCGCAGCCGGAACUCAUCACGUCGAUAUAACAGCCGAACCGGAAUACAUCGAAACAAUGUAUACAAAAUAUCACGCACCAGCUCAAGAAAAAGGAGUAUAUAUAGUAAUGUGUUGUGGAGUAGAUACUAUACCGUCUGAUUUGGGUUUGGUUUAUCUCGAGCAGCAAUUCGAUGGGGUACUUAAUUCGGUAGUGGCUUAUUUCGAAGGUUGGUACGAAGAUGUCGGACCGGGACCUAUUGUCGGUUGUGGUACUUGGAAUAGUCUUGUUCACGCAUUGUACCACGGUACAAGAUAUAGUCGGUUAAAGAAAAGAAUGUUCCCCCAACCUAAGCCGGCUACAUUCCUACCGGAGCUGAAAGUUAAGUAUACUUUGCACCGUAAUCGAAAGAUCGGCGGUUGGUCAUUGUUUUACUUCACAGCCGAUAAAGUGGUUAUGAGGAAAACUCAAGAAUAUUUAUACGAAAAUGAAAAUAAACGACCGGUUCAAAUUGAAACUCUCUCUAACGAUAAAAGUUUCCUUCGAUUGAUUGUCAUAUUUUUCGCUAUUAUAGUUUGGUUACUUUUCGUUCAAUUCCGUUGCGGUAGAAAUUUAAUGAUUAACUAUCCAGCAAUUUUCACUUUCGGGUUGUUUAGGAAAGGGCAGUUUCCAUCAGAACGGGCGUUACAAAAUACUUUUUAUCGAGUAACUUUUUAUGGAGAAGGGUGGAAAGAAAAAUUACCGAAUAAAAAUGAUCAAUACGAUAAACCGCCGAAUAAAAAUAUAUUGGCGUCGUUUACAGCACGAAAUCCAGCCUACGGAGUUACUUGUUUGGGAAUUGUAGGUUCAGCAAUUGCCAUUCUAACAGAAAAAGACAAAUUACCAUCGAAGGGAGGAGUAUAUUCCACCGGAUCUGCCUUUGGGAAAACUUCUUUGAUGAAAACUCUCAUCGAUCACAAAACAUUGGAAUUUGAGAUUCUAAAAUCGAAUGAUUUAUGAUUUUUUCAAUUAUAUUUGUUUUAAAAUAUAAAAGAAAAUUUUGGAAAAUAAAAGUUGAAAUACUCCUCAUUGGUGUAUUUUAUUAUUCGUAUUUA